UCACUUGAUUAUUUUUUUAGGUGUUUUAGAAGAAGCAAAAUUCUAUAAUAUUGUGGAUUUAAUUAAAUUGGUAAAAGAACGAAUUCAAGAAAGGAAUGCCAUCAUGACCAAAGAGUAUCGCAAGCACGUCUACCGUGUUCUGCAAUGUCACGAGGAUGAAUUGACACAGAUGGUUUCAACAAUGUCAGACGGUUGGAAAUUUGAACAGUUAAUUAGUAUUGGCUCGUCUUACAACUACGGUAAUGAAAACCACGCUGAGUUCUUGUUCGUUGUAUCUCGAGAAUAUCCAGGUUCGUUUUCUCGUUCCUCAGAUCUUGAUCUGACGGACAGAAAGAUUGUGAGACAAAAGGCAGACAGAAUGUAGAGACAGAAGAUGAGAAGAAUUACGGAAUAUUAUUUAAAUGUCAUCGUCUAUAUUCUUUCAAUAAUAAUCCCGUACUCGUGUCGUGAAUUAUUGUAUUUAUAAAUCAGAUUGAUAUAUAACGAAACACAUAAUUUAAAGUAAUUAUCGUAUUUCGAGUUUUAUUUUUAUAUUUAAUAUAAUGUUAAUUCUGUGUUUCCCAAUUAAUAAAUUAUAAACUUUGAGAAUUCGUAAUUUGCACUGUUAGGUAACAUUAUGCUCUCUGGUAACUCAAAAAAGCUUACCAGUUAUAAAAUGUUGGGAAAAAUUGUGUAACUUAUAAAAAUUUUACCUUUUAAAAAAUAUUAAUUGUUAAAAGAAAAACAUAUUUAUUUGGAAAAGUAUAUUAUUGAUAUUUGCAAAAUUCAAUUAUUAUAAGAUGAAUUUAAAAUUAUAAUGCAGUCAUAGUUGACAUAGUGAUAUGCAGAGAAAUAAUAAGAGUUCUCGAGGAUUUAAUAGAUAUAACAAAAGAGAGAAAGUUGAUAUAUUUAAUCAGCAUGUUGAAUAACUGUCAAGCGGUUAUGAUGCUGUUUGCAUAUAUAUAAUAAUAUCAAUCCUACACAUAGUUGUUUUGAAUACAAGUCAUUCCUAAUAGAAAUGGAACAAUAUAUUUGACCACGUCCAAUUCUUUUGCUCUAGUCAACAACGUUGGUCAUCUCCUUCAUUAUCUGAUCUCAUACCAAUAUCUGACUUCUAGAUAUUUAAAGUUGAGAGUGUACUGUGGAAUUCCAAAACUGAUUUUAAAAUUUGUUUAUCGUUGUGAAGUUGCAUCACUUCCAUGGAAAUGUUGCAUAAUAUAGUGGCUCAUACAGACAGUCAAAUCAUAAAGAUGUCUGCCUGACAAUUCAAAGGACUUGAGUUUAAGAGUCACGACCAGUUCGACCCAGAUAUAUUAGUCCCGUCCCUCGCCAUACAGUUGUCCUGCUUGGCUUCACUGAACCCAAGAUGGAUAUUGAAUUGUUUUGUUUCAGGAAAAAAAAAAAAUAGUAAAAAAGAAAAUAUUAUAAUGGAAUUGUUGCCAAUAUAAUGAUAUUACCCAAAACAUAAAAUUAUUUUUUAUUAAAAAAUA